UGAUAAAUGUGAUACUUAAUUUUGGAUACAACAAUUACCGUGAUGGUACAGAAUGACUACAAUGACCAUAUCGCCUUACAAAUACGUUUGCAGUCUCGUCUCUUUGUCGACAUACUGACAGACUAAGGUUUUUCAAUAAAGCUACUACACAAUUUCCCUGACAGGACAACAAGGAAUGUCCGUCUUCGCUCCACGUCUUUUUAAAUAAAGAAACAAUAAUACAGGCUUCCAGUAUUUUUACAAUAUUGGCAUAGAAAUGCCAGAUCAGUAACAAGUGGCACCUCCUUGGCCUUCACGUUAGGGUUCUGGAGUAGUAAGAGAUUUCUUUACAACAGUGAAUCAUUUUUUAAGAGUUUAAAGUGCCUUUUACUCUAACAGUACAUUUCGGACCGCUUCAAAACAUUUGCCUGUGUCUUUAUAUAUGAAAGAAUAAAGGCGAUAACACCUUCGACUAAACCAUAGGCUAUACUUCGGGAGAUUUUUUGGGAUGGUCGCUUUCAUUGGCUGCUGUCUAGACUGGCACUUCAAAUACCAACCAGAUUCAGAAAAGGCUUUGAUUGCGUGUUGUCAUGGAAACGCAGAAGCAAACUCCGGCGAGGCCGAGAUUGAGUAGCAAACAACUCGAAGAUCUAAAGACACUCACCAGGCUUUUAAAAAAUACAUAUUUGCAAAUAUUUUCUUUCAUAUAGGCUUAACCAGGAGACUGUAAACAUAAACAUAGGGUGGAAGGUGCUUUUGAGCGUUUCCCCAGACAGAAUCCCUUUGUCAUGAGUCACAGUGAGGAGAGCAACCCUCCAAGUGAGGAAGAGGAUGAAAGCCCAGAUGAGACGCCCCUGUCUGCCCUGGCUCCUCGUGCAGACCUUCAGGAAGAGCGACCGGCAGAUGUGUCUGCAAGCCCUGCAAUUCAGUGCUUGAAUGAGCUUUUCUCUGCUGGGAAAAUCCCUGGAACCAGAGCUGCUGAACUGAAAGCCAGUUACACCCUUCUGCAUGACACAUUAAAAAGGACACAGGAGUCUGAGAUCAGGCUGCUGCAGGAUGCCAAGCGCUUCACUGCGCAGAUCGAGAGGCAGAGGCAAGACCUGGAGCAGGCGGAGCAGUUUCCUGAGGGCUCCGACUCAGAGGUCAGCAGGAUGAGGCAGCAGCUUCUCAAGUUUUACAAUGACCUCAAGGAAGUUGAAGACAGAGAAGACAAGCUGCAUUAUGACCUGCAGUGCUUACGUGAAGAAAGGGCCAUUCUAGAAAAAGAGUAUGAGACUCUACCCAAGCCAGGCGAACUGGAGAAGAAGACCAAAGCACUGAAGGACAGCUGUGAGGAGCUACGAAGAGAAAUUGCUCAGAGACGACUGGAGAUCAAGGCGCUGAAAGAAGACAUGGAAACCAAGCAGAAGCAAAUCCAACGUGAGCAGCAUGAGCUGGAUGAGAAGAAAGAGACCGUCGCAGACUGUGAGAAUGAGCUGGUGCAGCUGCAUUCCAUCCCUGGUCAGCUGGGGAAAGAGAUUGAGAGAAUAAACCAUAAAAAGAUGGAUCUGGAGAAGAAGAAGGACGAGAUGGAGGCGCAGGUGUCGGAGCUGUUGGCGGGGAAGAAGCAGACGGAGGCCCAGUGCAGGAAGGUGGAAGAGGAGAAGAAGGAGGUGAUGAAGGAGCUGGAGGGGAAGAGGGAGCAGCUGGGCAACACCGAGCAGGAACUCAGCCAGCUGCUCAAGGAACAGGACAUGACCAAAGAGAAGGAGGCCACUCUGAUGGGGGAAAGAGCUGUUUUGGACCUUAACCUACGACACGCAAGCCUGGAGAAGAAAACCCAGCACGACACUCUGUCCCGGAAGCUGAGGGAGAAAGAGAGACAGCUGCGCAGCCUGAAGAAGAUGGAGCUACAGCUGAAACUGGCAAACGAUACUUUAGUGCACACACAGUUCUUACACGAGAAAGUGAAAUCAGAGAUGGACGCUUUGCCCAAGGAUGAUGGGUCGGCUUUAGAAAGGAGAAAGGAAUUACAAAAAGAGGUUGAGAUGCUGAAACGGAACUUACUACAGCAGCAAACUUUUACAAUGGCAGAGGCACACAAGGUGGAGCAGUGCUUAGCUGAAGAGCAGGAGCUUAUUAAAGAUACGCACCGGUAUAGGGAGGAGCUGACGCAUCUCAUCUGCCUCGCCCAAAUUAAAGCUGAUGAGAGAGAACAGAAGUCAAGGGACUUCGUCAAAGCUGAGCAAAGAUAUAAUCGCAUCAAACAAGAACUGAGAGGCAAAAGCCUGGUGAUACAGGAACACAAGAAACAAAAUCAGGAAGUUCAAACCAGGUUGAAUAUAUUUGCAAAGAUGUAUGACUUCAUAAAGAAUGAGAGGAACAAAUGUGUCUUCCUCAUCCAGACUGCUUCCCAGAGGGCAGCAGAAAUGAGGGAGAAAUUAAAAAUUCUGGAGAAUGAAGUUGAAAUUUUGCGGACAAAUGCUGUUAAUAAAGAAAGGCUGCUGCAGAAGUCCAAGCUGAAGCACCUCCACAGCCACACCCUCCGCGACAGCCUGAGGAACGACAUCUCCAAGGUGAACUGGGUCCAGUUCGAGAUGAAGGACAAAAGGGAGGAGCAGAAGCUGAACAUCGGCAAGCUGACCCACAUGAUUAACCACGCCGAGGAGGCUCUGGUGCAGCUGCGCAAGAAGUAUGAAAGUGCAGUGCAGAACCGCAAUGACCGGGGAGUGCAGCUGAUUGAAAGAGAGGAGGAGGUGUGCAUUUUCUAUGAGAAGGUGAAUAUCCAGGAAAGCCUGAUCAGAAAUGGCAACAUGGAAAUACAAGCCAUGGAAGAGGAGAUCUGCUUCCUGAAGAUGCUGAUCUCUGAAGAGGCCAGGCAGUUAGAGCUCCUUCGCAAGAAUCUGCCAAGUAAAAGAGCCUUGGAGAGAGAAGUGGUGACGCUGCAGAUACAGCUCUCAGAGUGCCAGGACAGAGUUUUGGAGCUGGAGAAGACCCUGGAGGACCCUGAAACACAGAACCGCACCAGGGUGCUGGAGGGAAAAGACCCCACACCCCCUGAGCUCGUCAAGAAGAUUGAACAGCUGGAGAUCCGCCUGGCAGAGCGCGAGGAGCAGCUGCUGGAGAAGGAGCUGGUGUACGAGCAGGUGACCCGGCUCUCUCAGCGCAUCAGGGCCAAGGCGGACAACGGCAAGCACGACACGCUGGCGCUGGCUAAGAAGGUCAACCAGCUGCAGAGCAAGAUCAAGGAGACCACCAGGAAGAUGAUGGCAGUGGUGUCAGAGCUCUCCAUGCAGCAGGCCAAUGCCAUGGCACUGCAAGAGGAGAUCAAGAUGAAGGAAAACUUCCUGGAGUCUUGCCACAGGAGGCUGGAGCAGGGCCUGCCGCCCAGCGAGGACAUGGAGCUGGAGUGGCUCAAGACGCUCAGGGAGGAAAAGCAGCACAAGAUCGAGGCUGAAAACAGGGCCAAGGCGGUGGAAGAGGAGGAUCGGCACCAGUUGCCCAGUGGGGUGUACACCACUGCUGAGGCCCGGCCCAACGCCUACAUCCCCCAGGAGGACGCCCUGCCCCUGCCCCGCCCCUACGGAGCCCUGGCCCCCUUCAAGCCCAGCGAGCCCGGCACCAACAUGAGACACAUCCGCAAGCCGGUGCCGAAGCCCAUUGAAAUCUAGCACGCCGGAGCGAUAACCCAGUGGGCACCACAGCGAGCACGGCCACUCCUUCACACGCAGUGCGGACUAAAUCAGAAUCUGGAACCGUGUUUCACAGAAAAAAAAGGGUUUAUUAAAAACAGUUAUAUGCGCAAGAGUAAAAUA